AUGCGUCUGCCACGGGCGCCCCUCUUGCUGCUGGGAGCGGUGCUGGGGGCCUCCUUGCGGGGGGGCGGCUGCGGAUCUCCCUCACACUCCCUGAGGUACUUCUACCUGCAUCUGCCAGAGCUCAGCCAGAAGCGGCCUCAGUUCUUCAUUGAGAGCUACCUGGAUGACCAGCCCAUCGCUCACUUUGACAGCCUCACCAGGAAGAUGGAGCCUCUAGUGCCCUGGAUGGAGGAGGGGGAGGAGGAGGCCUUUCUGGUCCCUGAGUGGGUCUUCAGGGCUGACCUGGAGAAGUUAUCAAAACCGGGCCACCGUGCUGGAGGGCUUCACACCUGGCAGGUAGUUUUGGGCUGUGAGCUCAUGGAAGACGGGAGCAAAGGAGGGUUUUUGCACUAUGGCUACAACGGAAUGGACUUCAUCAGCUUCGACAAGGAGACCCUCAGAUGGGUGGCAGCUCAGCCCCAGGCCGAGAAGGUCAAGAGGAAGUGGGAGGAUGACUCAAGAUGGUCUGGGGGAAACAAAGACUUCCUGGAGGAGCCCUGCAUUGAGUGGCUGCAGAGAUACCUGUCCUACAGGAAGGAGGCUCUGCAGAGGAUUGAGGCCCCAAUGGGGAAGGUGACCCUCAAGGUGGUUAAUGACAGCCUGGAAGUCCUCAUCUGCCAGGCUCAUGGCUUCUCCCCCAGGGAGAUCCAGGCCACCUGGACCAGGGAUGGAGAAGUCUGGGAAAAAGAGACCCUCCAAAGGAACGUAGCCCCCAACUCGGACUGGACCUAUUAUGUCAGGCUCGGCAUCGAGAUCGAUCCAAAGGAGAGGGACCAUUUUCGGUGUCGCCUAGAGCACAAGGGCCUGCAGGAGCCCCUGGUCUUGGCUUUUAAGGAGGAAACAGGAAAUGCAGGAAAUGUAGUCCUGCCUUUAGCUCUGGGAGAGAAGCGCUUUCCGUCAGAGGAGCUGGAAAUGGUAAUGCAAUAG